ACAGUGUUCAAUAAUGUUUAAAGGAACAACCAUUUUGUUCUAAUAACGUUGUGUGUUUGCAGCAAAACACUGCGUAGAAGACGAGGGAAACAAAAGAAGCAAAGAAAGAGAGGAGAAAAAGGAAAGUGGCGAGUCAGUGUGUGUGUGGCUAAGCCAAAACAAAAAGCCAAUACAAGAAAACAAAAUCACAAGAGAAAAAGAAAAAAAUGGACGAGAUUAUGAGUAUCUGCAUUGCCAUUACUACUAAACUCGCUAUAUCAACAAUUCUCAUUAGCCCUCAUCUCUACCCUAACCCUACUAUACACAAAAAAAAGCCAUUUUUUUUCUCAUUCUUCUCCUUUUCAUCUCUCCACCGACUCAUCAGCGAGUUUCCAGUUGGUGCACCUAUUUCCAGGUUCAUCUGGCUGUAUUUUUGUAUCGUGGACUUAAGUCCGUGAUCUAAUUGGUACACAUUUGCUGGUGGUGGGCAGAUUCUUUUUGUGCAUCAUGAGUGAGUGUGGUGGUACUCGAUAUGAAGGGCUCGCCUCUAUUGUUAGAAAGAAAAGAAGCCAGAUACUGCGUCGACCUAGAACAGAGAGUCUGACAUUUCCUGAACGCCGUGAUCAGUCACCCCUUACACCAGCUUCAGAUAGUGUUGGUAGGAUCUCUAGCGGUGAGAAUACUGACGAUGCUAAUGUUGGAGGGAGAGUCUACAAGUUUAAUCACUGUGUAUCUAGAGAUUCUUCUGCUAACAGAUUCAAAGGUGAUUAUGCUUCUAAGAAGAACAAGGAGGAUGCAAGAUCUAGUGUGAUAUAUAAUAAUGCACGUAAGGGAGAUGAUACGGAUCUCUGGAAUGGUGCAUCUCUUAGGCAGGUAGGGAACACUGAGAACAAUGGAGCUAACGAUAGCAAGCUGAAAAAGGUAAAGCUGAAAGUUGGUGGCGUGACACGCACUAUUCAAACCAAAAACAAUUCUUAUGGAGCAUCUGGCAGUUUAUCGUCUACUAAAAGUGCACGACCUUCUGAUGCCCUUCGGCCGCGACAGAAUCUCACUCCUCAGGACAAUUCAAGUGAAGACGGUCCUCCGGCAGAUAAGAAAAGUGGGUCGAAAGGAAUUUCGUGGAACGAUUUCUCAGGAGGCACGUUUGCUACUAGCAAGGGCGAUAUGGGAAGGAAUGCGUUAGAAAAACAAGGGGACAAGCCUCAUCAAAAUCGUAAGACCAAGAAGACGCCAAAGAGGCUUGUUUUGGAUGGCCUUGAUGAUGAUGAGGAUGACGAGAUUCGUUAUUUGGAGAAGCUUAAAACCUCGAAGGUUGCAGGAUAUAAGGAUUUGGGGGAAGAAUCAACUAAGACAAGAAGUCUUUCCCGCGUUUUGAAGGUCGAUAAGUAUGAAAUGUCGGACGAUGUUGGAAGGUCAGGCAAAGAAGUUAAGAGUAUAUCAGAUCGAAGUUCUGAGUACACUGAUUAUGAGGAGGAGUCCCCUGAGACACCGGCUGAAACAAAAAGGGAAGUAAGUCUCACAACACGGCAACGAGCUCUUCUAUCAAGCAGGGAUACCUCUGCCACUUCUGCUAAUCAGAUUGAGUUUCCUAACGGCUUACUGCCGCCUCCACCUCGAAAACAAAAGGAGAAGCUAACAGCAGUUGAGCAGCAACUGAAGAAAGCAGAGGCUGCUGAAAGACGUCGAAUGCAAAAUGAGAAGGCAGCUAGGGAAUUAGAGGCUGAGGCAAUUAGAAAAAUACUAGGUCAAGAUUCCAACAGGAAGAAGCGAGAAGAGAAAAUAAAGAAGCAGCAAGAAGAGUUGGCACAGGAGAAGGCUGCUAAAGAGAAGAUGCUUGCGUCGAGCACUAUCAGAACGGUUAUGGGCCCCACUGGUACUGUCGUGACAUUUCCUCAGGAUAUGGGUUUGCCAAGUAUUUUUGACUCUAAGCCUUGCAGUUAUCCCCCCCCUCGCGUGAAAUGUGCUGGUCCUUCCUGUGAGAACCCAUACAAAUACCGCGAUUUGAAGUCAAACCUUCCUCUUUGCAGUCUUAAGUGCUACAAAGCAAUUCAUGAAAAGAUGGAGGACGGAAAAAACUGUUAAAAUUAUUGUGACAUAUGCAGGUAUUCCUGCUUAUUUAUGUUUAAUUUGUAAGGAUAAUGGAGAUACUCUUUUCUCUCUCAAUCAUAUUAUAGAAAAUUAUA